AUGGUAAUACAGUUCAGUGAUAAAUGUGCUGAUUGUGAUCAUGUAUGUGGUGUGAAGCAACGGGAGCUAGAACGCUUUGUCCACAAAUUCAAUCUGUUGACUCCUGAAGAAAAAAGGGCUGCUAUGAUGGUUACAAGUAAAGGUAUACUGCAUCUUUUGUCACAAACAGUUCCCUGUGUUGGCUGUCGGAGAAGUGUUGAGCGUCUAUUUAACCAACUGGUCCAGUUCCAACAUCCUGCCCUAGAACCACUUAUUAUCACAGACGACGCUGUGUUGUCUGUAAAACCUGAGUACCUCUGUGAUCCUAAGGCCUUGUAUAUUUUGUUUUACAUCCAUGGGGCAAAAUUGAAUUCUGUGAUGGAAUCUAUACCCAAAAGUAAAAAAAACAAACGAUGUAAUCUUCAUUCAUUAGAUACUCACAAAACGAGGUCAUUUGCUAGCUGGAUUGAUAUUUGGGACCUCUUGUCACAAGAAUGCCGGGAAGAAGUUGUGUUGGUUGAUGUGGAUGGGUUACAAGACACAUUAGAUGCUUACCUCCGAAAACAUAGGUUUUGUGCAGAAUGUAAGUCAAAAGUGUUAAAAGCAUACAGUAUUCUAAUAAUGGAAGUUGACUACACCAGUGAGACAGGUUAUUGUCCAUCUCUGUAUGAACAUCUACGUUGUUGUCCUCAGGAAAGGCAUAUUCAUGUAGAGUGUGACACAGAGUUUCUCUCCAGGCUGAUUGGCAGAGCAGAGCCAGAAUUGGCAGGCAGCAGUCGCCGUGACCGGCAUGCAAAGACUCUGGAUAUUGCACAAGAGGAGGUACUUACCUGUCUGGGGAUCCAUUUGCAUGAACGCAUGUACCGAAUCUGGCGAGAGUUAAAAGCUGAAGAACAAACUUGGCAAAUUCUGUUCUACUUGGGUAUAAACGCUCUCAAAAAAGGCUUUGAGAUGGAAUUGGAAAGGAAACAAGGAGUGUCUAAUCUGGAGUUAAUGUGUGAAGAGUUACUAGAAGAGGAAAGAGUGAGAGAACAGAAGAGGGAGCUCAAGAGGGAGAAACGGAAAAAACGUAGAGCAAAAAUCCAAUUGUCAGAGGCCGACUUCCCAACGCACAGCAAACAACAAAUGUCCUCAGAAUGUAAGUGUGAUAAUAGUCCAAAGAAGAAUUCUUCCCGUAUCUACAGUGAGCGCUACAAAGGUUUAAGUUAUGGAGAUCCUGAUGUAAAACUGAUGUCCAUUGAGAACUGUCCUCCUGCCGACCAUGACCUAUAUUGCAAAGUCUCAAAGACUAAAGGGCCACCUUGCUGUGGCAAGAAAGUUUCCAAUUCCAGAUUGCCUCCUCACCAGCGAGAACAGUCUUCAUCUCCUCCUUCACCUCCUUCCAGUUUGAUGUUGCGAUGUGGGGCAGGGGGUCGUAGCCGGUGUCCAGCUAGUGGUGGUGGGGGUGAAGAAGGUGAUGAUGAGGAAGAUGAAUAUUACGACAUGGUUCGAUGCUGUGACUUGGUGCACAAUGGGGACCACAUGGGCACGUCUUCAUCUUCGUCGUCAUCUUCGACCACAAAUUCUUCUAACUCGGUGACCUCAACGUAUCCGACUAGCAAUGGUAGUGACUGUGGUUACUCAUCAGGGGCAGAAGGCUGUGAAAAUUGUGGCCUACAAGGGUCCACUGACAACACAGAUGUGAUGUGCUUGGACGAUUAUAUUCCACAACAAGGUGACUGUGAUGGUCUGUCAAAUUCUGAGUGUCUGGGACUCUCUUCAUGUACUAAUUGUCGAGGAAGUAGAGGCUCAACACAUAAGAACCCAUCUUCUCCAGAACAGUGUAAGCAGAUGAAUAACAGAAGUGAAUGCUGCUUGCAAAAACGAUUAGACUUGGGACAGCACAAAAUGACUUUAUCAUUGCAGGCCAUGUUAGAUUAUAUCAACGCCCUAAAACCAUUUUUCUCUCGUCCUCUCUCUCUCAGUGAUUUUGGGUUCUCUCUCUCUAUUUUCUUCCCCCUAUCUGUUCUAUGCCUCUCUCUAUUUGUUGGAUUCUUAAAAAAAAACUCUCUCACGUCCCCCCCAAUCUCUCUCUUAUUCUAA